GUAAUGCAAUUCCCAGAAUACAUAUAAAAGCAUACCCAAGUUACCCCACACUGGGUUUUUUUGUGCUUUACUUCUUCACACACACACACACAAGAGAAUCAACAAUGCCCUACAAUCUUCCUUACCCCAUUCCUCUUGAACCUGCACCUCAAGCGCAAGUUACCAAGGUCGGUGUCAAAUCGCCCGAGGAUGUUGUUGUCGUCUCUGCUCUUCGCACUGCCUUGACCAAGGGCCGUAAGGGUGGUUUCAAGGACACCUUGGCUGACCAGCUGCUUCAAUACGUCUUUAAGGCCACAGUUGACCGUACUGGCAUUGAUCCCGCCUUGGUGCAGGACAUUUGCGUUGGUAAUGUCGAUGCCCCUGGUGGUUUGGCCACGCCCGCUCGUAUGGCCUCCUUGGCUGCCGGCUUCCCCGAAACCACCUCGAUCAGCACCUGCAACCGUCAGUGCUCGUCUGGUCUGCAGGCCUGUGUUACGAUUGCCUCGUCCAUCCAGGCUGGUUUGAUCGACAUUGGUAUUGGCGCUGGCGUUGAGUCCAUGAGCAGUGACUACUACAAACGCAACCGCUUAAUGUCAAAGAAGAUUGCCAACCAGGUCAAGUCUGCUGGUGACUGUCUUGUGCCUAUGGGUAUUACCUCUGAGAACGUUGCCGAGGACUAUGGUUUGACCCGAGCCGAACAGGACGCAUUCUCUGUCGAAUCGCACAAGAAGGCCGCUGCUGCCCAGGCUGCCGGUUAUUUCAAGGAAGAAAUUGUGCCCAUCACGGCUACUAUCUUGGACAAGGAUGGUGAGAACCCCAAGGAAGUGCUUGUUGACAAGGACGAGGGUAUCCGUGCCAACUCGAGCGUCGAGAGCUUGGGCAAGCUCAAGGCUGUUUUCAAGAAGGAUGGCUCGACCACUGCCGGUAAUGCCUCGCAGAUCUCUGAUGGUGCUGCCGCUGUCUUGUUGAUGAAGCGCAAGACUGCCUUGGCUCUUGGCUUGCCCGUCAUUGGCAAGUAUGUCACUGCAUGCACCGUGGGUGUACCCCCUCACGUCAUGGGCAUUGGUCCCGCUUAUGCUAUCCCUGUCGCCGUUGAACGUGCUGGCUUGAAGCUCGACGAUGUCGACAUUUUUGAAAUCAACGAAGCUUUUGCCUCGCAGGCCCUCUAUACCGUCAGGGUUUUGGGUAUCCCCAAGGAAAAGGUCAAUCCCAAGGGCGGUGCUAUCGCCAUUGGCCAUCCUCUCGGCUCCACCGGUGCACGACAGGUUGCCACUUUGUUCCCUGAGUUGAAGCGAACCAACAAGCGUGUCGGUGUGACCAGCAUGUGCAUGGGAACUGGUAUGGGUAUGGCCUGUGUGUGGGAGAGCGAGUAAAUACGUUCUUUUUGAACGCUCAGAAAGAAAAAAAAACAAAAAAAAGCAAAAGCCAUUGUUUGUUAAACUCCCUUGUAAAUUAUCAUUUAAUGUCAUGUACCAUGUAUACUGUUCACC